AUGCCACAAAUUAGUCCGAACGCACCGCUCGAGGGAAACGUUUCGCCGCCACCGACGCAGCCCCAUUUGGAUGAUAAUCUGCACAACGGGAACGGCAACAGCAACGGGAACGGGAACGGCAUCCACAGCAGCAGUGGCAACAACAUUAACAAGCACGGCAGCAACGGCAUCAACGGCAACAACGAUAGCAACCGCAGCAGUCCUGCGAAGAGUCCCAAGCGUCCGGUGUCCUCCAGCUUCCGGAUUCAGAACGCCAGCCGGUACGAUAACGAUGAGGAGGACUUAGCAGCCAGCGAGCAGGUGGCUGGUGGAGAUCGCCAGGUGCCGGAUUAUUGGCAGCAACGGAACGGUGCAACCACUGGUGCAACCAGUGGGCGGCAGAGUCGCGCCAUCAGUCCCGGGUAUCUGGACAACAUGAGCGAGAACUCGGAGCAGCCGCCAGUGGUGCCGCUGGUGCGAUCCAAAUCCCGUCCAGAAAUUUCCAGUGCAGCGGCGUCGCGCUACAAUAAUCUCUCCUACUGGAAGGCACGCCGUGUGGUCUUCUACCGCAAUGGAGAUCCCUUCUUUCCGGGCGUGGAGCUGCGCUAUCGACCCGGGCGCGAUGUCACCUCGCUGGACAAUCUGCUCGACAAGAUCUCGCCCAAGAUGGACUUGCCACGGGGAGCUCGGUAUGUGUUCUCCAUGGACGGAGAUCGAAAGUAUCAUCUCGACGAACUGGAGGAUGGAGCCUUCUAUGUGGUAUCCUCGUUCAAGGCCUUCAAGCCUGCCAGCUACGGCAAGAAGAACGGGAUGUGGUAUGCAUCGCCUGGAAAUCAGGGAUGGGGCUCCAAGCCCGCCAGUCGGAAGCCCUCAAUAAUGGAAGCGGAUUUGGGCACAUUAUCGACCACAUCAGGCUCGAUAAAGCGCAGCGCCGGCCGUGUGAUACGCAUCAUCAAUAAUUUGGAUCAUUCGGUGCAGUGUCGCGUUUUGCUGAACCUACGCACCUCGCAGCCGUUCGAGGAAGUGCUCGAGGAUUUGGGUCAAGUGCUGAAAAUUAACGGAGCAAAGAAAAUGUACACAGGCACUGGCCAGGAGGUUCGCAGCUUCUCCCAACUGCGGAACGAGUUCGCCGACGUGGACACCUUCUACCUGGCCACGGGAACGGCCCUGAUUGCCGGCUCACCCAUCCGGCGCUCCAGGUCGCGCCCCUCGGUGGUGGCCGCCGCACCCAUUCUGCCCACGGAUGAGCUGCCCAAGGUGCCGCUGCGAGGAGCCCGUCCGCGCAGCAAGAGCCGCCCGCGGAUCCUGUACGCUCCGGAAAGCGAGAUCCUGCGGCCCAACGGCGAGUACACGAUGCUGGACAUCAUGAAGGAGGAGCCCACCAAGGUCACCAUCCGGGGGCUGCGGCGCACCUUCUAUCCGCCCGUUCACCACGCGCCGGCGGACAACUCCCCGCCGGACAAAAAACUGCAGCUCCAAUGGGUCCAUGGCUACCGCGGCAUUGAUGCGCGGCGAAAUCUCUGGGUUCUGCCCUCCGGAGAACUGCUCUACUACGUGGCCGCCGUGGCCGUGCUCUUUGACCGCGACGAGGAUGCCCAGAGGCACUACACCGGACACACCGAGGAUAUUAUGUGCAUGGAUGUGCACCCCUCCAGGGAACUGGUGGCGUCAGGACAGAAAGCUGGCCGAGAUCGCAAGUCGCAGGCGCACGUCCGCAUCUGGAGCACAGAGUCCCUGCAGACGCUCUACGUCUUUGGCAUGGGCGAGCUGGACAGCGGGGUGACGGCAGUGGCCUUCUCGCAGCUGAACGGAGGCAGCUACAUACUGGCGGUGGACAGUGGACGCGAGAGCAUUCUGUCCGUGUGGCAGUGGCAGUGGGGUCACCUGCUGGGCAAAGUGGCCACCCUGCAGGAGGGACUGUCGGGCGCUGCCUUCCACCCGCUGGACGAUAAUCUCAUCAUCACCCACGGACGUGGUCACCUGGCCUUCUGGCACCGGCGCAAGGAUGGCUUCUUCGAGCGCACGGACAUCGUGAAGCAGCCGUCGCGUUCCCAUGUCACCAGUGUGCAGUUCGAGCCGGAUGGCGAUGUGAUCACCGCCGACUCGGAUGGGUUCAUCACCAUCUAUUCGGUGGACUCCGAUGGCGCCUACUUCGUGCGCACGGAGUUCGAGGCCCACAACAAGGGCAUCGGCUGCCUCAUCAUGCUGGGCGAGGGCACCCUGCUCUCCGGUGGCGAGAAGGAUCGCAAGAUCGCCGCCUGGGACUCCCUGCAGAACUACAAGAAGAUUGCCGAUACUAAGCUCCCCGAGGCCGCCGGUGGAGUGCGCACCAUCUAUCCACAGCGCCCAGGACGCAAUGACGGGAACAUCUACGUGGGCACCACGCGGAACAACAUCCUGGAGGGCUCGCUGCAGCGCCGCUUCACCCAGGUGGUCUUCGGCCACGGACGGCAGCUGUGGGGAUUGGCGGCCCAUCCGGAUGACGAGCUGUACGCCACCGCCGGGCACGACAAGCACGUGGCCCUCUGGCGCAAGAACAAGCUCAUCUGGACCAUUCAAACGGGCUACGAGUGCGUGGCCCUGGCAUUCCAUCCCUUCGGCACCCUGGCCGCCGGCAGCACCGAGGGUCACCUGCUGGUCAUCAACUGCGAGAAUGGGGCAGUCAUGCUGACCCUGCGGGUCUGCGGGUCGCCCCUUAAUUGCGUGGCGUACAACCAGGUUGGCGACAUGAUAGCCAUGGGCUCCCAGAACGGUAGCAUUUAUCUGUUCCGCGUGUCGCGCGACGGCUUCUCGUACAAGAAGGUGAACAAGAUCCGUGGAUCACAGCCGCUGACCCACUUGGACUGGAGCAUGGACGGCAACUUCGUGCAGACGGUGACCAUCGAUUUCGAUCUGCUCUUCUGGGAUGCCAAGUCCUUGUCGCCGGAGCGCAGUCCCAUUGCCAUGAAGGACGUCAAGUGGCUGACCAACAACUGCACCGUGGGCUUCCUGGUGGCGGGCCAGUGGAGCAAUCGCUACUACAGCACCACCAACACCAUCGUGGCCACCUGCAGUCGCUCCGCCGCCCACGACAUGCUCGCCUCCGGUGACGCCGAGGGCUAUCUUAGGUUAUUCAGAUACCCGUGCAUCUCGCCGCGCGCCGAGUUCCACGAGUCGAAGGUGUACUCCGGGAUGCUGGCCUGCGUCCGCUUCCUGUGCGGCGACCACACGCUCAUCACCGUGGGCGGCACAGAUGCGUCCCUGAUGGUGUGGGACAUUGUCGAGGAAUAGCUGAAAUGGCCACCGUGGCACCGCACCGCCGCCCAGUACGAGGCCAGUUACUCGGACUACUGGCACCGCCGCGCCUCGAGGGUCUCCUCCACGAUCCUCGACAGCGAUUCGGUGGAUUAUCCGUAGUGCUUUGGUACUGGGCUACCAGGGAAAUCGGAGAUGGGCGGCGAACUGCUUGCUAGACUCAGAAGAACUACAAUUGGCCAGCGUUCCGUUUUUGGUUUUAGACGAACAAAAGAAUAUUGAUACUAGAUAAUUGCACCACCUAAUACCAGAGAGAAAUUCAACGUUUUCGAGAAGUUUUUAAGAAAAGUGAAAAGAAACACGCACUAGCAACGAGCACCGCAGUCCAGCAAUCCUGCAAUCCUGCAAUCCAAAAGUCGGCUUCCACUCAGAAAUUGAUUCUUCCGUUUCGGUCUUGCCACCUGCAUUUGUCCCCUGCGCUCCACAUUUGUUUGAGCCCCUCGAACAAACUCUACAUGCCACUGGUGGAUCUUAAACUAUAACCCUAAACGACGAAACCGCAUAUAAAUACUUCAUCUUCCAGAAAGUUGUCAGAACUCAACUCUUCCGAGCAAAUGCAGCAAACCAGACAGCAAGUGACAAAAGACAGACAUCUCAGAUACAUCUCACCCGAAUCACCUACACGGAUAACGAAACCCAAGUGCACUUCCAACAUAUAUACUUAUAUAUACAUAUAUCGAAUGUGUAUUGU